GCACGUGGUUGACGCUCAGUGACAGGAAGAGAAAGUGUGUGAGAGAGAAUAAAAUUAAAAUAUAUGUAAUUUGGGGGGAGGAAGAGAUAAAGAGGGGGUACAGAGACAGAGAGGAGGGGGUGAAUGUGAGUGGAUUUCGAUAGGGAUAGGGACACAGAAUGGGAUCCAGCUAUUAACGAUGGUGUGUAGAGGGACAGAAGUAUACAUGGGAAUAGACUGACAAGGAGAGAGAAAGGGGGAAGGAGCUGGGGUAUAUAUAGAAAGAGAGAGAGAGAGAGGGGGUUGAAAUAGGAGAGAUAGUAGGAACUGCAGAUGCUGGAGAAGGGUCUAAGCCCGAAAUGUCAGCUUUCCUGCUCCUCUGAUGCUGCUUGGCCUGCUGUGUUCAUCUAGCUCUACACCUUGUUAUCUCUUGAAAUAGGAGGGCGGCGUUGAGUUAGGGAUACCCAUAGAAAUGUGGAAGCAUUAGGGAGAGGGAAUGGGCUGAGAAAGACAAGCUCAUUGAGGGGAACCAGGAUUUGAGGGUUGAGAGGAGGAGGCAGUGAAGUCUGAAAACUGGAAUUAUUGUGCCAGGUUAAACUUCAGAGUUCAGACUGACCUUCACAGCUGACCAGUGGCUGGAGACUGGACAAAAGUCCGAGGAAUCCCAGACAACUCCACUUUACAGCCUUUGGGCUCGAUUAAUGCGUACGGUUUAUAGAAACAGGACUUGAAUGUGUUAGGUGGUGCAAACUCACCAUUAAGAAAAUACAUUUUCAGGAAAAAAAGAGCAUUUUAAUAUAUUAUACCAAUACUGGAUGUAGAUAAAUUAUUUUAUAUAGAGAGUCAAAGCCUCAAGGUUAGAUAAUAAGCCGGACUUUAGGCUGUUUCAGGAGUUGGUUUGUAUUUUGCUCUUAACAUCAUACUGGCUGGAAAUUUCAAGGAGACUUUGAGGAAUAAAAUUGAGUAGAUCUCUGUUGGAGAGUGACUUUUGAAGGUUUCAAUUACUUGAGUCAGUGGGUUAGCCCUGCCCUCGGUUGUACGGGAUGCCUACUCCUCCAAACCCGAGUUUCACUGUCCGGCUGCUUGCUGUUUGGAAAUCUAUCUUCACUGGCAGGUAUCUGUUCAUCACCAACACGGUAAGCUGUGGGGCUCUGAUGGCCGCUGGAGACAUGAUCCAACAAACCCGGGAGAUCUGGCGAGAGCCCGACCGUGUGCGGGAGUGGGCUCGAACAGGACGAAUGUUUGCAACUGGCUGUUUAAUGGGCCCCUUUGGGCAUUUCUGGUAUGGGGCCCUGGAUCGAAGGUUCCCAGGAAGGACCAAACGCACUGUGCUGAAGAAAGUUCUGUUGGACCAAAUCAUUGCCUCACCCAUCUUUGGCCUCAUCUAUUUUGGCGGAAUGGGGAUAUUAGACGGCCAUCGUCCAAUCGAAUGCCUGAUGGAGUUCAAGAGGAAGUUCUGGAAAUUUUAUAUGGCGGAUUUGAUGUUGUGGCCUGGAGCCCAAAUGAUCAACUUCUACUUCCUCUCUCCGAAAUACCGUGUCCUCUAUGUGAAUGUAGUGACUGUCGGCUGGGACACUUACCUCUCCUACCUUAAACAUGAGGAUCAGGAAGGUGCAGCACUCUCAUUGGGUGAGAUAGGGGUUUCAGACAAACAGCAAGUAAAGUCAGAGAGCUCAGUGAAAUCGCUGGAAGAUGAACCGUAGCUGCUGUCCUUUUGGCACUAAACCCGGACUCCCCGAUGGCCCAAAGACUGAGGAGCAGUCAGUCUCUCGCCCACCCUGAACCUCAACAUGCAGGCAGCUAAGAGUUGAAGAAAGGUCACUUCUGGGCUGUUCUGAACAGGUUUUUUUUUAUCGUUGAAAUUGUCAUUCUGAACUGUUGAAGAAUUAAAAUAUUUUUAAAAUGAGGA